AAUCCCGCGUAACCUUAGAAGUCACGACUAGAAAGAAACUUCAUCGAACGAGUCAAUAACACUCUUUCUUGCGCUUCAAUGCAUAUUCGAGUUCUCUGAUUUCAAUUCUCAAAUUUCAACGAUCGAGUUUUGUGCCUGUGACCUCCUUGAGCCAGCCAGCCAGCGACAGUUAAGGUCACCAUGGCUUCUCAGGAACAUCUGGACAAGAUGCAGCUCCGACAGAACUACCGGAAUCUCUGGCACACUGAUCUCAUGAACACCAUUCGAGCUGACACCCCUUAUUGCUGCUUUGCCUUAUGGUGUGCGCCAUGUGUAUCAUACUUGCUACGGAAACGAGCACUUUAUAAUGACAUGUCAAGGUAUGUCUGUUGUGCUGGUUAUAUGCCUUGUAGCGGCCGGUGUGGUGAAAGCAAGUGCCCAGAACUUUGUCUUGCCACUGAGGUAUUCUGCUGCUUUGGAAAUUCAGUGGCCUCUACCCGCUUUCUAUUGCAAGAUGAAUUCAACAUUCAGACAACGCAAUGUGAUAAUUGCAUUAUUGGUUUUAUGUUCUGUCUCCAACAAAUCGCAUGCAUAUUCUCCAUAGUUGCAAUGAUUGUUGGGAGUGAUGAAAUUCAAGAAGCUUCCCAAUUACUUUCAUGUUUUGCUGAUAUGGUGUAUUGCACGGUUUGCGCCUGUAUGCAGACGCAACAUAAGAUCGAAAUGGAUAAACGAGAUGGCAAAUUUGGGCCACAACCAGUGAUGGCAGUGCCUCCUGUUCAGCAGAUGUCGCGCAUUGAUCAGCCUUUUCCUCCUUCCGUUGGAUACCAACCUCAACAGGCAUUUGGACAGCCCUAUGGUUAUCCACCUCCUCAGGCUCAAGGCUAUCCUGCUGCAGGUUAUCCUCCACCUGCUUAUCCUCCAUCCAAUUACCCACCACCUGGACAUCCACCUUCUGGCUAUCCAAAGUGAUCUAUUUACUGUGACAAAUUCUGGAAAACAAAAACAGAGUGGUUGAUGUUGAUGAACUUCAAAUUUCGGAACUGCGUAGAGUGGGAAGAUCGUGGAGCUGAUGCUUCUGUUUAUUUUACCAUAGGAAAAUUAUUGCAUGCACACUGAAUUCUUGAAUGUCCAUAAAAAAAAAAACCUGAAAAUUGAGGAAUAUUGUUUUCUCAUCUCUCAGUUAUUUUCAUGUUCUCCUUGUUGUGAAGUUGUGUUUCUUGCAAUUCCAAAAUCUUGUGAUAACCAAAACACCUGAGGAAUCGCAUUUUGUCAUUCCUUCUCAUGGCAUUAGCACUGCUCUCACAAAACCAAAGCAUAGAGGAAGAGCUGAUGCUUUUGACAUAACAAUAAAUGCCACAUUACUUCAUUUUCACUUUCA